AUGUCUCACAUACAGUCGUCGCCUUAUCAUCCUUAUAACAAUUUAGAGAAUUGUAGCCGUUCGCUUCGCGAAUCAAUACAAUUGCUCAAGGAUUGCAGUAAUGAUCUUGAAGAGAAAACUUUGGACUCCAAGAGAAUGAUUCAAGUCUUGUCGACGAAAAAAGUAUUUGGUUUAAUACCAGAAUUCGAUUUGGAUGACGCUAAACAGAGUUACAGGUCUACAAUUACUCCUCAAUUGGAUGAACAAGUACACAAAUUGGAAGAGGAGCUUCAAAUAUUAGUGCUCAAAAGAAAAAGCUUAGCUAGCAAGCUCAAAUUGACCAAAACGAGGCUAAACAAUUAUCAACGGGGCAUGCAAAGCAGUGACGUUGAUUUGGAGAUUUUCGUCAAUAACAAGAACUACGACGAAUCAAGUGUUCGAAAAUUACAAAUGCUCAGGAAUAAAAAGAAAAGAUUGCAAUAUACCUUGAAUAGAGUGAGUCUGAGUACUAACAACAUCAAUACAAGAAAUGAUUCACCUUUUUUGAUGUAA